AUGGACGCCGCCGCGCUGGAAACCCUCAUCCUCGACCUGCACGCCAUCGAGGCGGUCAAGCUCGGCUCCUUCGUGCUCAAGUCGGGCAUCACCUCCCCGAUCUACCUCGACCUGCGCGCGCUCGUCUCGCACCCGCGCCUGCUCGCCGCCAUCGCCUCCCUCCUCGCCGCCCUCCCGGCCACCCGCCCCUACGGCAUCCUCUGCGGGGUGCCCUACACGGCGCUCCCCAUCGCCUCCGUGCUCUCCGUCGACCGCGGCCUCCCCAUGCUCAUGCGCCGCAAGGAGGUCAAGACCCACGGCACCGCCAAGGCCAUCGAGGGCUCCUUCCGCGCCGGCGACACCGUGCUCAUCAUCGAGGACCUCGUCACCAGCGGCGCCUCCGUGCUCGAGACCGCCGCGCCCCUCCGCGCCGAGGGGCUCGUCGUGGCCGACGCGUUCGUCGUUGUUGACCGCGAGCAGGGCGGGAGGGAGAACCUUGCGGCGAACGGCAUCACGCUGCACUCGCUCAUGACCCUCACCGAGGUGCUCGCCGUGCUGCUCCGGCACGGCAAGGUCACCGAGGAGAAGGCCGCCGAGGUGAAGCAGUUCCUCGAUGCCAACAGGAAGGUCACCGUGCCGGGCGCGGCGGCCGCCGCCAAGCCCAAGGUGGUCAGGAAGGGGUUCCCUGAGAGGGCAGCCUUGGCCAAGAACCCCAUGGGGAAGAAGCUGUUCGAGGUCAUGGAAGCAAAGCAGAGCAACCUCUGCGUCUCCGCGGAUGUUGGGACAGCCAAGGAGCUCCUUGAGCUUGCCGAAAAGGUUGGCUCUGAGAUUUGCAUGCUGAAAACCCAUGUCGAUAUCUUGUCAGAUUUUACACCUGACUUUGGCACCAAGCUGCGCUCGAUUGCUGAGAAGCACAACUUUUUGAUCUUUGAAGACCGCAAGUUUGCUGACAUUGGUAACACAGUAACUAUGCAAUAUGAAGGAGGAAUAUUCCGCAUAUUAGAAUGGGCUGAUAUUGUUAACGCCCAUGUAAUUCCUGGGCCUGGAAUUGUUGAUGGCUUGAAGCUUAAGGGUUUACCGAAAGGAAGAGGGCUACUUUUGCUUGCUAAAAUGAGCUCAGCUGGCAACCUUGCUCAAGGAGAUUACACUGCAGCAGCUGUAAAGAUUGCUGAGCAACAUUCUGAUUUUGUGAUUGGGUUUAUAUCAGUAAAUCCUGCAUCGUGGUCGGUGGCACCAUCAAGCCCAGCGUUCAUCCAUGCCAGCCCUGGAGUGCAGAUGGUUUCUGGAGGAGAUGCUCUUGGGCAACAAUACACCACUCCCUAUUCAGUCAUAAACGACAGAGGCAGCGACAUAAUCAUAGUUGGGCGCGGGAUCAUCAAGCCGAGCGACCCCGAGCAGACGGCGAGGGAGUACCGCGUCCAAGGGUGGCAGGUGUACCUGUCCAGCUUGUGA